AUGAACACAUCAGCCCAACGCCGGCUUCUGCGGGAUUUCAAACGCCUGCAGAACGACCCACCUCCGGGCAUAUGUGGCUCUCCCACGGACAGCAUACUGGUUUGGCACGCUGUCGUCUUUGGACUGAAGGGAACCGCUUUCGAGGACGGCACAUUUAAACUCAAGCUUGAGUUUACCGAAGAAUACCCUAUCAAGGCACCUCGCGUUGUUUUCCUUUCCAAAAUGUUCCACCCCAAUAUCUACGCUGACGGUAGUAUAUGUUUGGAUGUUCUCUCUAGAGCAUGGAGCCCGACUUACGAUGUCCCUGCAAUCUUGACCUCCAUUCAGUCGCUUCUUAAUGAACCCAACCCCAACUCACCGGCAAACAGCGCAGCGGCCCAGUUGUACUUCGACAAUCGCAGAGAAUACGAGAAGCGGGUGCGUGCUUGUGUCGAAGACAGUUGGGAUGACAAGGACGCAUGA